AUGCUCCGCCGGGACUUUGUCGACCCUGAGGUGAAGUGGAAGGAGGGACACCCUAAGCUCGGUCUGGACUGCGUUUAUCUCGAAGUGAGGAAAGAAUCCGUGUUGCUGGCCACCGAUGACUGCGCCCAAAACAAGAGUUUCCUCUGCGAAGUGAGAAAGAAGGGCACCUUCGGAAGGGCCAUGCAGACCGAAUGUGCAGAAACCUGGGACAUCACAAUUGACCAAAUCGAUCUGUUAAUGAACGUGAGUGCUUUUCUCACGGCAACUGUAUCGCUUAAUUUGAAGUGCUUCUUGAAAUGCGUCGGAGUGGAAAUUGGAAUGUUUGGCAUUGGGGGAUUGGACGCCAUAGCAACGCUGCGACAGAUAGAACUCGUGUCCCAGGAGGAUCCUGUAAAAUUGGAGACCGGAUUUGUGGCUUACGAUCAAUGCAGCGGCAUCAAAUCCGACGACGAGUGUGUGAUUGCCCACGAAACUUACAAGUGCGGCCAGCAAAAAGCGCCAAAUUUGGUCUCAAAAAUCAUCACCAACAACUUCGAUAACCAGACCAUGGUUUGA